GACCAGGGAUGUGGUCUAGCCUGACGAAGCCACCAUCUGAAACCGCUAAAGAGCUACAGAAGCUGUAGGACAUCCUUGUAAAUUUUUAUUUUUCCAAUAUAUAUAUUUUAUUUUUAUUAGCUAGUCGGGAAAUUGUAAUACUUUUCAAAUCUACCUCGCCUCCAUCAUCAGCUGAAAUGGAUGCAGACACAGGAGAAAAGGUGACAGAAACUUCAAAACAUUCCAAGGAAGAAUCUCAGAGACCCUUAAUGGACAACAAAUUUAGGGGUCAUAGCUUUAAAAGCCGUGGUCGAGGGGGUCGGAUGAGUCGAGGCGGCAUGCGUGGUGGGCGGGGCAUGAUGAAAGGGUUUGAUCCACCUGGAUAUGGGAGGGGUCGAGCGAAAGAUGGAGCCAUGAAUGGAUUUGCACCCAUGAGAGGAAUGAGGAGGAUGCGACCUUACCCAGACCCCAGAGAUCAUCGGGGUCGGGUUGGACCAAUGGGCAUGGGCCCUCCUCCUCCCCCACUACCUCCCAUGCAUCUCAGAGGCCCCUUCCCACCCAUGCACAGGCACGGACCCCAUCCACCCCCUCCUCCAGGUCAUCCUGGUUUCAGAGGGCGUCCGCCACACCCUCGAGGCCGCAGCAUGCUGCCCCCUGGACCUCCACGGCACUUCCACCCCCGCAGCCCAAGAGGCUACCACAAUGGACCGGUCUCUCCUCCUCACCCUCCACCUGGCAGAGGCCAGAGGUGGCCAGGGCCCCCUGGUGGCCGACGCUUUUAACACAGCCAGCCUUAAAAACCGUAACCAAACACUUGUUAAUGUAGAAGGGGCCUAAGGUGGUGCAGUAAAUGAAACGCCCCUUAAUUAUGUGUUACACAAAGUCUCCGAGUAGCUUCAUGGCAUACUCUGUGGCCAAAUGUCUGCUUCUUGAUAUCGUCUACUGGCAAAGAAAUAAUGUGAAAACUUGACAAAAUGACAACUUGAAAUGCCUCACAACUUUAACAAUGUAAAGGCAUUCUGUUAUCUUUGUUAAAUAUAUGCUGUUGGUACUGUAGGAGCUAUUUGACAAUGUUGAGAAAAAGUUUGAAGCCGCUGUUCUCAAAGGGAGGAAACUUCUUGUCAAAGUUCAUUAAAUGUUCUGUGGUUCUUGUUACAGUCGCCCUGUGAGCCUUAAGAAGUUUUCCUAAAUUGUAAUAAAGAAUUUAAAAAAUGGGUGACACUGUAUAUUUAAAGCUGGGGAAAGAUGUGUGAAUUAAAUUAAUUUAAAAAACAGCUCUCGAGCACCGCUGUCCACUAGCGUUACACCUUGGACCUCUCUCACUUUCCUUCUUUACAUAGAAAUAGUUACAGUAUUUAGUUAUAGUAACUAUUGUUUAACGCUGACACAUUUUCCAAAAGAAUAUUCCACUUGUUAAGUAUUAAUGAGUAUUUCAUUUGAUAUUUUACAUUGUUAAUGUGCAGCUAUUUUAUGUUUUACCAGUAUUGCUGUUUGGAACAUUCAUGUUUGUCUUCAGCAAUUUAUCUUGUAAUGACAAAAUGGAAUAGACCUCACAAAUGAAGUGCGGAAUGAAGUAUAUUGAAAUAGAUUUCCAGUAGAUUUUAUAAAGCGAAUUCCAUUCGUAUUUGCUUCAGUUAAGGACGAGAAGUUACUCUUUCCUGUGUCUAGUUUUUUAAGUGUUAUGAAUACUCUAUUUGCUGUAAUUAACUUAACGUUUGUGAACCUGUGAAUGUGUUUGAUGAAAACUGUCAAGACAUAUGACAUAGUCAAAAUAAAGCUAAAAAUAAACUCUACUUUUCUUUAUUUGUUCAUUCACAAA